CUCAAGAUAAAAAAUUAAAUGAAUAUAUUUUAAUCUUUGACAACUUUGGAAUAAAUGGAGAGGCAUUUGAUAUCAAGGAUCCCGAUAGUGAUGACUAUGAUACUUUUGAUGAUAGUAUAAGUUCUAUAACUGUUGCAGAAAGUCUUACAUCCGAAGAUGCAAUAAUUAAUAAAAGCAUUGAAAUACAACUAUUUACAUGGAAUGAAUUGGCUUUUGAACAGGCCCAAAUAUUGGCCAAUAAAAAAGAAAAUAAUGAUGAUUAUGAAAUCGAAUGGGAAGAUCUAGAAUAUGAAUCUUCAGAAACGGCAUCAUAUAUAACAGAAUCAACAGAAAAUGAAGGUCUAGAUUAUUUUAUAGAUAGUUGUGAAAAAAAACAAACUAUUAACUCCUUGUCACAGUUGCUUGGCACCUGGGAAAUUGAUAGCAAAGCAUUUGAGUCAGUAAAAAAUGAUAAUAAACUAUAUACUUUAGGAGUAUGUGGAUCAAAUUAUGCUUUUGAUCAAAAUGAACUCCAUGAUGCAAAUCUUAAGAAUAUACAAUCUAUUAAAAAAAGUAGUUGUCUUCAACACUCUACAAGUAUAAUAGGACGAACUGUACAAGCACCUUGCAUGGGUCUUAAAACUUGCUCAGCAUUUAAGAAUUAUAGCAAUAUUGAUUCUAAUAAUAAUAAAUACCAACCUCGAUAUAUCUAUAAUCAAUGUUUUAAUUUACAAGGUGGUCACUUUUUUCAACGUUCAGGUAUUAAUAAGAAACCUGAACCAUCCCUACGACUUGGGCAUAUUAAUAUUGUGAAAAUAAUAGAAAGCGAUCAUGACCUUACACCUAAAAUAGCAAAAAAAAAUGGUGAAAUGUUAGGAACUGCAGUAUGGAAAUCUCGACAUGAAAUUCAGCAAAAUAAAGAGGCUCUUGAAAAGCCAAGCUCUUUAGCUGAAUAUCAGGCUGCUUUUCCGCAAUGUAUCUUAAAUUUUUUUAAUGGAUUAAUUACUAACUUACAAAAAAGAAAGCAUGAUAUAGCUAAUAAAAAGAGAAGGCAACGAGAAUUAGAAAUAAAGGCUUUUGAUGAAGCCCGAGUAAAUAAAAUAGCAAUAUUUUUUGUUUCAGUAAUUCUCUCUAUUGCUUUUCCUGCCACGGAUAUUUGGCUUACACAUGUAAUGAGUUCAUUAGCAC